CGACGAUGCUAUGCCGGAUGCGCCACCUAGCGGCGAGCCGGUGAUCCCGAUGCUGCAGGAUCAGCAAAGCGGCGAACUUAUGGCAGGCAACACCGCAAACAACGUUGAGCUAAUGGAGGCCAUUAAGAAAUUGGAUGCCGAUCUGGUGGCUCUUUUUGCCACCGCCGCCUCUGCAGAGCCGCUAAAGAUGAAGCUGUGGUCGGAAGCCGAGUCGGAGCAAAUCGCCCAGGAUUCGGAGGAUGAGCUGGUGAUCACCCCGGAUAUGUUCCGCAGCUGCAACAGCCUGCAGCUCCAUUUGGAGGCGCUGACUUUGCAGCCGGAGGGAACUCAACGCAUGGAACUGGUCCAGAACGAAGUGCGACCCAUUUUCACCGUGGAGUGCCAGCUGUCCGGGGAUUUGAUACGCAAGGUGCCCCGCUAUCCGAUGUUCCACAUCAUGCAGUUCGAGUCGGAGAAGUUCCAGAGCCUGACGCAGUGCACCCGUUUCGGGCAGACGGCCCAGCGGCAGGUGGAUAUGGAGGAUAAGCGUUUGGAGCUGGAGGAUCAGAGCGUUGGCCAUGUGGACAUCACGGUCUGGUGGCGUGAACCGGGCACCUGUCUCAACGAAAUGCUCGGCAUGGGUCGCCUGGAACUCAGGGAGCUCUACAAGGCUUCCCUUCUCGAGCAGUGCAAAUGCAUUGCCAUCAAGCGUCGCGAUGUCCAUCUGGGCAGUGUCUAUGUGAAGAUCAGUCUGCUGCAGAAUAUAAAUGGUAACCCGGAGCAGCAGCAGCAGCAGCAAAAGCAGCAGCAGCCGGGUCAAAAGAACGAAAGUGGAAACAAGGCAGCAGUUAACUGCAACUCGAAGGCCGUCUUAACGCCCCCUCAGCCGCCGCCCCAGCCACCUCCUCCUCCCCCAGGCAGCAACAACAACAACAACCGGGCCAUUUUGGAGUGCGUCAAUUUCAUGGCGGAGACCAAUAAAGUCCGUCUCCUGCGGGGCUAUCUUUUUGCCGGGGAGCUGCGUCAACUGACGGCGGAGAAUAAGUUGGCCUGCCAGGAGCUAUCGCUUCAGCCCUUCUGGCAAACGCAGCGGCUGCUGGUGAAGAUCGGCGAUGGAGGAGCGUUCAAGCUGCAGGAGCAGUUUGCCAUCAUCAACGACGAGCGCUUCCUGCAGAGCGUCGAGCGGCAGCAACUGAUCCUGGAACUGCGUCCUCUGGGCGGAGUUGUCCGGCUGCCGCUGCACCAGUUCUUCAUCGCCUACCGAGAUGCCAGCAUCACCAAUCACCUGUGCAAGGGAAAGCUACCAGUGAUUUCCAUCGACGGCUGGGCUCCCAUUGUCAGUGCCGAGACCCAGUCGCCUCUGGGUGAACUAAAGGUGCUUCUCGCCAUUGGAAGCGAGUCGCAGAUUGCUCAACUGAAACAGCAACGCGGCUUCGACCAGGACAACAAUGUAGUUGCGACUCCAAGUAGCACCACAGAUUUGCUUGACAUGCUUCAAAAUGCCAUCACAUCUCCCGGACCGAGUGUCUUAAAUCCCGUGAUGCCGCCGCCACCGGCUCCUCCGGCGCCCAGUAACUUUAGCUUUCAGCUGCGCAUCGUUGGAGCUGCUGGACUGCCUCUGAAUCCUGGCUAUGGAAAAUCAAAGAAGCAAGUCAAACGUCAGUCGGCGGCCAAGCGAUUCCCGCCCAAUGAACCACCCAACACCUACGUGACCUUCCAGGCCAUCAAUUGCAAUAGUCAGACCUACAAGUCGCACGAGGGACUAGUCUAUGCCACGCCCAUUGUGGCAAGGUCCACGAAGCCCCAGUGGCUCAGCAAGUUCCGGGUGGAAGUGAGCCGCGAUUACCGCAGCAAUCCCCAGAAGCUCUUCAUCUUGAAGCUGUGGAAGAAGGCAAUUGUUAGCCCAAAUGGCAGCAUUGAACCGUCGCCCCAUGAGGAUGCUAUCAUAGGAUUCGCGGCCCUGAAUCUCAACCAGAAGCAACCGGGCGGAGGCUUCCCUAGUGGAUGGCACAACAUAGUGGACUUUAAUGGCCGUGUGACUGGUGGGAUUGAAGCGCAUGUGGAGCCCAUACCGCCCAGUGUGGAUACGGUGAUCGAUCAGUUCGAAAAGUCCGUGGAACUGGGUCACCUGCAGUUGGGUCAGGCCAUCAAAAGGAAGUACACCGAGCUGGAGGAGAUCUCUCAGAGAUUGCGAUCCCGUUUGGUGGACGUCACGGGGGAAACGCUAAAGUUCCCAGAGUUCGAUGUGGAUAGUGCACUGGACAGUUGGCAGCAGGAUGGGGAUGAUGAUGAUUUGGCGGAGGAUUUCGAACGGGCUCUGCGCACUCCAACGCCCCCCGAUUCACCGACUCCCUCCACCAGCAGCGCCGCACAAAACCUCAACAAGUCAAAUGGCCGGGAGGAAUAGCCCUGGGCCAAAAGUCAGUCAGUAAGCGUGUUUUUUCCUCUCUCCGCAUCUCGAUGUCGUCUCUGAUAUUGGCUCAAACGUAGCUAUAGUUAACCAUCUAGUUAUAGACUAUAUAUAAUAUAUAAUACACGGAUCUUAAUCUGAUAUUAUGCUGUACUUAAAUUGGCAUCCCAAUUUUGCCUCGAUUCACCGUCUUAUGGCUGUCUAUAUAGCAUAAAAUCAAAGCUAACAACGAUCACCCAGCGAUCGUUCCAUUGAGUUUAAAAAAUUGUCGAUUAAAUAUUGUUUUAAGUCACGAGCGGAUUUCCCCUGCAACCACACGGAAUAUGUAUUAGUUUCGGAACUGUGUUAAUCACCUAAGUAUUUAGACACUAUUACUUAAUACAAAUUUAAAUAAAAAUGCUAAAGCAAA